CACCGCACUCAAUUCCUCCAUCCAAAUCCGAAACCCAAAACACCUCACACAAGCAGCAAGCGCUCGUUCCUUUCGGUUCUUCUUCACCAUCAGACCGGGGACCUAGGGUUAGGGUUUUGCGCGCUCAGGGUUCAAGUCCUAGCUGCAACAAUGGCCAGGUACAGAAGCCGAAGCAGAAGCUACAGCCCUCGUCGGCGCAGUCGGACUCCGCCUCGCGGACGCAAGCGAUACGACGACGAGCCGCGUGAUCGACACCGUGACAGUAGGUCUCACAGAGACCGUAGUUCUCCCGCCCCUUCCGGUUUGCUCGUUCGCAAUCUUCCUCUCGACGCUAGGCCAGAAGAUCUUAGGAUCCCAUUUGAGCGAUUUGGCCCGGUAAAGGAUGUGUAUCUUCCUAAGAAUUACUACACAGGGGAGCCACGGGGUUUUGGGUUUGUGAAGUACCGUUAUGGUGAGGAUGCAGCAGAAGCAAAGCAACAACUGAAUCAUACAGUUAUUGGUGGGCGUGAGAUAAGAAUUGUGUUUGCUGAGGAGAAUAGAAAAACUCCGCAAGAAAUGCGCACAACUACUCGCGUAAGUAGUCGACAUGGAGGAAGCUCCAGAAGGAGAACUCCACCAAGGUCCCCUAGACGGCAAUAUCGUUCUUACUCGCCAUCACCAUCACCUGUUAGGCGUGAUUCAAGAUAUAGUUUAAAGACUUCUGGACUAGUAAAGUUUAAUGAGAAAAGAGAUCAUACAAGUGAUGGGCAACUUCUUUACCUUCCACCAAUGCUCUCCAUAAGUACUAUGGUGGAUAUUUAAAGACUUCUGGAUUAGUAAAGUUUAAUGAGAAAAGAGAUCAUACAAGUGAUGGGCAACUUCUUUACCUUCCACCUAUGCUCUCCAUAAGUACCAUCUAUAUCCACCAUCAACUUUCAUCUGCAAAUGGCAUUGGGUUCCUAUUGUUAUGACUUCAGUUUGUGAGACCUUUCUACGACCAACUGAACUGACAAGCUAAACAGGGUGCUAGAGAUAUUGGAAUCUUUACUAGUAUAUAUUUACUUUUCCUUCUUAUAUUAGCUGUUUAAGUAAGUUUUUGAAGAAAAAUUGUUAAGUUUGAUAUCUUGUUUUGCAUAUACCAUCCAGUAAAGAAAGAAUAUAAAGCUUAUAGUUGGCCAAAGAAAGAAAUCAUCUGCAAAGAAAUGAAGCCACUCAAAGUUUUUACCGGUAAAGUAUGGUGACAUGUUGAAGGAAAAGAUAUUAUCUGGUUUUAGAAAAGUUGGGGCAAAGUGGGCUAUGAAGUUUUCAGAUGCUGAUCAACCAGUACUAGCCUAACUCUGAGUGUUUGGACCAAGUGUCAUAUUUUUUGUUCAGAACCCUGUAAAGGUUCAGGUAAAGUAAAGGUCAUAUCUUGAUCGGUUAGAUUUUGAAGAGGAUGUAAGUAGUUGUUCUGUUAUCUUGAAACAGAUAAUUGGUUCUGAAUUGUUGAUUUAUGCCCACAUUACUAUUUCUUGUGCACUUGUAGUAGAUUAUUAAUGGGGAAGUUUUUCGCUUGUGGAAAAUGAAAGAUGGUUUUAGUAGAUAUCUCCUGCAUCUGCAAUUUUUGUUUUUUCAAAACAUAAUAAAGUGUUUUUUCCAUUUGAA